GGCUCGGAUCUAGCCGGUGAACACGGUGGAAAAUGGCGGAUUCGGUGGCACUUUUCACUUCCAUUGGACUUAGUGAGCAGAAAGCGAAAGAGACGUUGAAAAAUGAAGCGCUCAGUUCAGCUCUGAAGGAUGCAAUUACUCAGGUACAGCGUGUCCAUGGGCCAUCAGGAGUGGACAAAGCCAUGGGUACAUUGCUGUACAGUAUGGCAUCUCGCCUUAAAGACACCAAACGCCUGGCAUUCCUCUCAGACAGUAUAGGUCAGCGUAAAAUCAGCACAGAGCUACAGCUGGCAGCUGCUUUGGAAUUUGUGAAGAGCCAUCCUCAGGACCCCAUCAACCUUAAGGAGUUUGAAGAGGCGUGUGGAGUGGGUGUGGUCAUAACACCAGAGCAAAUUGAAGAUGCAGUAGAAUCUGUUAUUAAGAAGCACAAAGAACAGCUCCUAAAGGAGAGGUACCACUUCAACAUGGGACUAUUAAUGGGGGAGGCACGUUCUGCUCUAAAAUGGGCAGAUGGAAAGGUCAUCAAGAAUGAGGUGGACAUGCAGGUCCUCCACCUUUUGGGUCCUAAGACAGAGGCUGACCUGGAGAAGAAACCUAAGGCACCUAAAUCCAAACCUGCUGAUAAUGAAGUAAAAGUGAAGAAAGAAGAAGUAGCAUUGAAUGGUGAUGUGAUGACUGGAGAAGGAAAGUCACUGAUGGAACAGCUUAGAGGGGAAGCACUUAAGUUCCACAAAACGGGAGAGAACUUUAAAACUGAGGGUUAUGUGGUCACACCAAAGACUAUGGACUUACUUAAAAAACACAUGGAGAUCACUGGUGGACAGAUACGCACUCGUUUCCCCCCUGAGCCCAAUGGUAUUCUUCAUAUUGGACAUGCUAAAGCUAUCAAUUUCAAUUUUGGUUAUGCAAAGGCCAACAACGGAAUUUGUUUCUUGAGAUAUGAUGACACAAAUCCAGAGAAAGAGGAGGAAAAAUACUUCACUGCCAUCAAGGACAUGGUGGAAUGGCUUGGCUACAAACCCUAUGCAGUCACGCACGCUUCAGACAAUUUUCAGCAACUCUAUGACCUCGCGGUGGAUCUUAUCCGCAGGGGCCAAGCAUAUGUUUGCCACCAAAAGGGGGAGGAUCUGAAGGGUCAUAAUGCUCCUCCAUCCCCAUGGAGAGACCGUCCAGUUGAGGAAUCUUUGGUGUUGUUUGAGAGGAUGAAGAAGGGCUUAUUUGCUGAAGGAGAGGCUACUCUCAGGAUGAAGAUGGUCAUGGAGGAUGGAAAGAUGGACCCUGUGGCAUACCGAAUUAAAUACACACCACAUCAUCGAACUGGGGAUGAAUGGUGUAUCUAUCCCACCUAUGACUAUACUCACUGUCUGUGUGAUUCCAUUGAAAAUAUCACACACUCACUCUGUACCAAAGAGUUUCAGGCCAGGCGGUCAUCAUAUUACUGGCUGUGUAAUGCUCUAGACGUGUACUGUCCUGUUCAGUGGGAAUACGGCCGCCUAAACCUCACCUACACUGUUGUGUCCAAGAGGAAAAUCAUAAAAUUAGUUGAAACCGGCACAGUCAGAGACUGGGAUGAUCCUCGUCUCUUCACUUUGACUGCACUGAGGAGAAGAGGUUUCCCUCCAGAGGCAAUUAACAACUUCUGUGCACGGGUUGGAGUCACAGUUUCACAAACUACAACAGAGCCUCACCUGUUGGAGUCAUGUGUGAGGGAUGUGUUAAAUGACACGGCACCUCGAGUCAUGGCUGUGCUGGAACCCCUCAAAGUCACCAUAACUAACCUUCCUGACAACUUCAAGUCGGAUGUCCAAGUACCAGAUUUUCCUGCUAAUGAAGCCAAGGGCAGCCACACGGUUCCAUUUACACGCACAGUCUAUAUUGAGCAGACCGACUUCAGAGAGGUGAUGGAGAAAGGCUACAAGCGUCUGACCCCACAACAACCUGUAGGCCUAAGGCAUGCUGGUUAUGUCAUUUCUGUCCAGAAGGUCAUCAAGGAUGCUCAAGGGAAAGUGGUGGAACUGGAAGUGACUUGCUGCAGUACUGAGAAUGCAGAGAAACCAAAGGCUUUCAUUCACUGGGUCAGCCAGCCACUGGUGUGCGAAGUGCGCCUCUAUGAAAGGCUAUUCCUGCACAAACAUCCAGAGGACACAUCUGAAGUGCCCAAUGGUUUCCUGAGUGACAUCAACCCUAAUUCCCUGCAGGUGAUCACCAGUGCCUUAGUGGAUACCUCAGUAAAGGGAGCAAAGGUUUUUGACAAAUUCCAGUUUGAGAGAGUUGGUUACUUCUCCUUGGACCCUGACAGCACAGCAGACAAGCUUGUUUUCAACCGAACAGUCACCCUCAAAGAAGACCCAGGGAAGAUCUGACUGAUUAAGAUCAAGCCACACAUUUGCUUCCCCUGAGCCCAGAGAUAACAUGUACAAAUAAUUUGUAUCUUCUUAUGUGUAACAUCAGCAGACUGCUUAGACUGAGUUGCAUCAUCUGUGUUUUUUUUGUAACAGUUGUUGCAAAAUUUGGUAGCACCUUUAUCAGUCUAAUUCCUUUUUUUUUUUUUUUACAAUAUGCUGCAAUAUUACUGAAGUGUCUCCUCUUUGUUGAAUGUAUGCAAAUGUGAUCUCUGUUCAGCAAAGACCUGAUGCAUGUUGUCUUAUUGCCAUUAAGCUGCUGUUACACAGAAGAGAUAUUCUUGAAUGCCAUUCAUUACAUGGUGGUGUGACCCUGCCAAACCACUGUGUGUUUUUUAAGUCUCAGAGGGUGUACCCUUUUGAUAGGAGACAAGAAUAAAAAUGACUUGUAAAAUGU